AUGAUAUUCGCGUCUCGUUUUCAGAGCCAGUAGGCUCGCUUCCUCGCACGCUCUCUCCUGACGACGUUCUUUUCGUCCACUCACGCCGUUCCUCUUGCCUCCCGAAGCUUCUUUUCGCUUCCUGACAUUACUUUUUUCUCGCCUCUACACACCCUUCCUCUUCUCUUCUCCUGCCCCUGUUCCUCUUGCUUCCCGACGCCCCUUUCUUUCGCUUUCCGAAUUCAUCCCUUUCUCUGACCUCCCGACGCCUAUUCCUAUAACUUCUCUACGCUCCUUCUUUUCAUCUCCCGACGCUCCUUCCUUUACCUCACGACGCCCUUUCCUUACAUCUCUCGAGUUCUUUCCUUUCACGUCACGACCUCCCUUCCUUCGGCCUUCAAGAUUGCGCCCCUCGAGUAUCACGAUGACCUCCACGACCGGCUCAACAGGCCGCGCUACUUCGUCAGCCGAUGUGGGAGUCUCGCGAACCCCAAGCAAUGUUUCCUGACGAAGAAGGAAGGUGUGAGAGGUCGCUUGGCCCGGAGCCAGUCCUUGCUGAGGAAGUUCCUGGCGAAGGGCACUUCUUACGGCAACUGGCUGCUCUCUACAUGGGCUUCAUGGCUUCCUCCGCUGGUGCUACCGAGACUACUCAAGAGACUCGCCGUGUGUGCUUUCGUCUUCAUCAUUAUGUGGGUCAUCUUCAACGGCCUCUUCUUCUCGAGCGCCGAUCUGGCUCAGAAAGAAGACGAAGCCGUAGUUGUCGCCAGAGACCUGUCUUCGGACGACGCUCUCCUGCACUAUGACCUUGAAGAACUGCAGUCUCCCGAGGGCCGCUAUGACCUUUUCCGCAAGAUCUACGGUGGAGAACAGGCCGCUGGACACCCCUACAGACAGCUCUACAGGAGACCACUUCCUGUUCAGGAACCUGUUCCUAUGAUGCCACUUGCUCUUCCAGGUCAGCCUCCAGAUGGCGCUGUUCAGGAUGAAGUCAACAAGGAUGACGUCGUCUUGAAGUACGAGGACGAGGCCUUGAGGACGGUCGACGGAAGGUACGGCCUCUUCGCGAAGAUUUACGGAAGUAACGCUCGCAGGACCGGCUGGUUCCUCAACGCCAAGCUUUACGGGGACCAGCCGGCCCAUUUCGGCGUUCCCGGACAGCCUGUUGGCGUUCCCGGACAGCCUGUUGGCGUUCCCGGACAGCCUGUUGGCGCUCCGGGACAGCCUGUUGGUGUUCCGGGACAGCCUAUUCUAGUUCGGUAUCCUGGACAAAACAUCGGCUUACAAGGGCAGCUUCCCGGGCAGCCCGCUGUGGUUCCAGGUCAGCCUCCCGGUGGCGCCCCGGCUCAGCCAGCAGCCCUGCCAGGCCAGCCGAAGGGCGUCCAAGGUCGGCCAGGAAUUCUUCCAGGUCAACCGGUCGGUCAACCGGUGCAAGUUCCAGGAAACCAGGCUCUCGGGGCACCAGGUCAGCCUCCGGUUCAGGUCGCUAAAGCACCAGGUCAGCCCAGGGACCCGGCGAAUGAAAACGGCGGCUUGGGCGAGAACCCUUUCAGCAAGUUCCCUGAAGGAGGAGCCGCCCAGCCCGCAGAAGGCGCCGGAGGGGAAGCGGCAUCUGAGGACGUCGUGCCCUCAAGCAAGAACGUCACGAUGCCCGAAACCCGCUUAGUGAUCUUCAGCGCCGUGCCCAAGUGCGGCUCUUCCACCACGGCCAGGCUCUUCAAAACUCUAAGUUCACUAAAUCGUUUCACGGCAAUGGUGCCCCAGAUACGCAUUCAACCUCGAUUAGCAGAACAACAGCGCGAAAUUCUGCUGAAGAAUCUGAUGACACAUGCCCUGAAGGUACCCGUGGCCUACGUCAGACACCUCUUCUACAUUGAUAACAAUAAACUGGGCUUUCCUCAAAUAUCCUGGGUGGCCAUAGUGAGAGACCCUGUGGAACGCCUCAUCAGCCAAUUCUACUAUAUUAGGAUCGAAUCUCGCUAUGAUACUAUCAAGCUUCUUGAAGGAAGAAAACCAUCUCAAGAAUUCUUCAACAUGACUCUUGACGAAUGCGUGCCGGCCAAAGACACGAGAUGCUGGUAUCGAAAAGGCACUCACCAGAUGUUACAACUCUCCUUUUUCUGCGGGCAAGAGACCUUUUGCCAGCUCGUCGGAGACCGCAAGGCGCUGCAGCUGGCCAAAUACCACGCAGAAACCCGGUACAGUGCCGUGGGAAUACUGGAGGAGCUGCCCCUCUCUUACAAGGUGUUCCAGCACUACCUGCCCUUGUUCUUCGCGAGGGCCACCACGAUCGAAGAGGGAACGGGUAGUAUGCGAUUGAACAGUCAAGACGAAAAGCCAACGGUCUCUGAGCGGACGAAGAACAUGAUGAGGUCCUACUUGAAGGAGGACAUGGAAUUCUAUCAGUUCCUCAAGCAGCGACUUUAUCUCCAAGCUGAAGCGAUAGCGAAACAGCAGUAGUCUUUUUUUCUUUUUAAUAGAUUUAUUUAUCUAUUUUAUUUUAUUUUUAUUUAUUUAUUUAUUUAUUUAUAUAUUUUUUGUAGAUAUGGGCCCAUUUUUGUUUUGUUUUUAUAAAUGACGAGACUGUAGUAUGCCUGUGUUUGCUUUUUCACUUUCUCUCUCUCUCUCUCUCUCUCCCUCUCUCUCCCUCUCUCUCUCUCUCUCUCUCUCUCUCUCUCUCUCUCUCUCUCUCUCUCUCUCUCUCUCUCUGUUUGGAUACUGUAAACUUGGAAGAGAGCCUGACAUUAAAGCAAACAAACAGAGAAAUAAACCAACAAAUAAAAAACAAAACAAAAGAAAA